AUGAGACGUUUUCUGCUGCUAGCAGACGGCGACUUCACCUCCUUGCUGCUUGACGCUGCAGCGCAGCAGCAGCAGCAGCAGCAGCAGCAGCACGGCGGCAGCAUCUCUCUGCAGCCCCUCAUCCUCUCAGCCAUUGAUACAGCUGCUAGACAAUGCAGCAGCGGCGCUAGUCUCUUUGCUGCUUCUCCUUCUCUGGCGUUUGCUUUGACAGCUCGCUUUCCCCACACAUCCUAUCUGCAGCAGCAAAGCAACAGCAGCAGCAGCAGCAGCAGCAACACCUGCAGCGCGUUGUGGCGGGGCCUUGUGCUGCACCUUCGCAUAGAAGAGCCCCUUCGGUUUUUUAUCGGAGAUGAUUUGCUGCAGCUCUGCCACAAAAUGUUUGCCUUCCUCUGGAAGAGCCAUCUCACCCAUCGGCAGCUACAUGCAGCGUGGCUGAGGGGGGGAUCGCUGCAGAAGCAGCUGCGGCAGCAGCAGCGAGCAGCAGCAGCAGCAGCAGCAGCAGCAGAUCGUGCAGCAGGUGCAGCAGCACCCGAACGUAAUCUCGUGUCUCGUGCAACUGCAGCAGCAAGAGAAGAAAUUCUUAUAAUGCAGAUAGCGCAGCUGACGCAUCUGUUGAACGAAAUGCUGCACUUCUCGCGUCAUUGGCUGCACUUUGUCUACGAAGACGUCCUCCGUCCUAAGUGGCGAACCCUCUAUAAAGAAAUACCCAAAUGCCGCGACGUGGACGAGUUUCUUGAGCUUCUGUGGCAGUGCAUUCAGCAGCAGCACGAUGGGCUGUUCCUCUACGGCGAAGAAGAAGCAGCAGCAGCAGCAGAAGCUGCUGCUGCUGGUGGAAGGGGCAGCAUCAGCGUGCAGCUGCAUGCACUCAUUCAAGAAAUACACGACACAUGCUCCUCUAUGGCAUCUCGAGCGGAGUUUCGGUUUGCUGCAGCAGCAGAGCAGCAACUUCGAGGGCCUAACGAAGAUCUGCCCCCAGCUGAAGCUGCUGCCAGCAGCAGCAGCAGCAGCGGCAGCAUGAUCAUGGUAGAAGAACAGCGACAGGUGUUUCGGCAGCAGGUGCAGCAGCUGCUGCUGCUGCUGGACUUAAAGCAGAGUGAAGUCCGAGCGGCAGCAGCUGCUGCUGCGCAGGCGACAACCAGCAGCAGCAGCAGCAGCAGCAGCAGAAGCCGCAUGCAUCUCGAUCAUUGCAUGGCGCUAAGGUCUCUCUGCUUGCGCUUAGACUUUAAUGAUUUCUAUGAACACCAACGUCAAAUGAAGGCAGCAGCAGCGCAGCAGAGGAGCGACAAUUCUGCUGCACGCUUCCCCUCGCUGCUGCUGCAGCAGCAGCUCAGUGCUGCCAGCAGCAGCAGCAGCAGCAGCAAUGGAUGCGUGACAGACAAGAGAGCUGAUGGCUUCAUGUGCACGCCGCGUCUCUUCAGCAGCGAAGAGGCAGCAAAUAGUUUCGCUGGGGGCCCUGUCUUCAUCUCUAAGCUGCAGCAGCAGCUGCAGCAGCAGCAGCAACACCAGCAGCACCAGCAGCACUUCUCUGAAGACCUCACGCGGCCUCCUACUGCAUGUGAAGCCUCGGGGCCUCCGUCGCCGCUGACCUAG